AUGCGCCUCGCUUUCGCCUCCACCGCGCGCGCGUCGCGCACAUCGACGUCUGUCCGUGCGUCUCGCCCCUCCCGCAUCGCCGAACGCGUCGGCAUCGACGAACGGACGUGCGUUGCAUCCAUCGCGUCAUCGUCACGACGCGCUUCUUUCGUCGCGCUCUCCGCGCGCGCGGACGACGACGACGAGACUACGAGUGAUGAGCCAUCGUCGACGACGACGACGACUUCGCGACCGACGAAGCCCUCGGAGCGACGGAAGAGUCCGGUGUACGACGGUGGGAAGUACGGAAUGGGCGCGCGCGUGGACAAAGCGCUGGACGCGACGACAAACCAAGCGGGGUUCGUCGCGGGCGGGAUCGUGCUCACGAUGAGCGCGGUGUUGAUGUUCUUAUUCGGACCGAGACCACCGACGGAGUAUUGA